CUUCUACGACAUGUCUGUAAGAUUGACAGUCAGUGAAUUGUUUGACCUCCAACCCAGAGCAAACCAACCAAUACGAUGUAGAGAUUACACAGAUAUCUCCUCCCAUAAUCAAGACCAAUCCAAUAGAUGUAUCGGGUUCCCCUAAUGAGUGCAGAGUACACAACCAAUGGUCUGACGUCUCAUGGAUCAGACUCGGAAGAAGAAGCGGAGUGGUCAGAUCGUGAUUUCGUCCAUCUUGUUGCAACAGGCAUGAGUGAUCACAGCGAUAGACGAAAACAGAAAGUGCGAAGAAAAUGUCUUGUGAUUACAGUGAUUUUUGGUUUGCUUGCCUUAGGACUUGGUAUAGUGAUAGGAUAUUUUUGUGCAGCCCAUAUUGUGCCGGCAUCGGGAGUGACUAAUCCGACACGAGAUGCUGACCCGACAAUAGCUAAGAAACUGAUGGAGGAGAUGAAACCAGAAAAUAUAGAGAAAUAUCUCAGGAAUCUAACAACCCAUCCCCACUUAGCCGGUACACCUGCAGAUCUCCGGCAGGCCGAGCAACUCAAAGCAUUCUGGGAAAGCGUUGGUUUCGACUCUGUGAAGAUCACCCCAUACGACGUCCUCCUGUCUUACCCAAACAAGACGAUACCAAACAAAAUCGUACUCCUAGAUGAAAAUGGAAAAGCGGUCCACACGUCGCAACUGAAGGAGAAGAUCUUGGAGCCAGAUCAGGAUCAGAAAGAUGUCGUACCGCCGUUUAAUGCGUAUUCUUAUGCUGGAAAUCCCUCGGGUGAUCUUGUCUAUGUCAAUUACGGCAGAUACGAGGAUUUCAAAUACUUGAUGGAAACUGCUGCGAUUGAUGUAAAAGGGAAGAUCGCCAUUGCUCGCUACGGAAAGAUAUUUCGUGGGGACAAGGUGACAUUUGCCGAGAAGUAUGGUUGUAUUGGCGUCAUCCUGUACAGCGAUCCUGAUGAUUACGCCCCUGCGACCGCGGGUGAUGUCGCCGUCUAUCCCAAUGGGUGGUGGUUGCCAGGCACAGGCGUCCAGCGUGGCACACUGUUUCUUGAUCGUGGUGACCCUUUAACCCCAGGGUACCCCUCAAUUGAUAGUGCCUACAGACUCAGCAUCAAUGAGACGGGUAUUCCAACGAUACCUGUCCAUCCCAUCGGUUAUGAUGACGCGCGACAGUUCCUAAAACAUCUGGCAGGUAAAGAAGUCCCAGCAGAUUGGAAAGGUACACUUAACGUCACCUACCGGUUUGGGCCUGGUUUCCAGAACCCAAAAUGGAAAAUUCAAGUUGACGUCUACUCAAUCAUGGAAAGAAGAACAACUUACAAUGUCCUUGGGACCAUUCGUGGGGCAAUUGAGCCAGAUCGCUAUGUUUUGGUUGGUAACCAUAGAGACGCCUGGGUAUUUGGUGCUGCGGAUCCGUCCAGUGGUACCGCUACCAUGAUGGAGAUGAGCAGGGCGUUCGCACAAGUGGUGAAAAGUGGAUGGCGGCCCCGGCGUAGUAUUAUCUUCUGUAGUUGGGGCGCUGAGGAACACGGGCUUGUCGGAUCAACGGAGUGGGUGGAAGAUUAUGCCAAGAAUCUUGCCGCACGGUCGGUGGCCUAUCUGAACGUGGAUAUCGCAGUACAGGGCAACUACUCGUUCAGGGCCAAGUGUAUCCCAUCUCUCUAUGACGCCCUCCUUCAUGCUGCAAAAGUAACGCCCAAUCCAAAUCCUGCUGAGGUUGCUGCUGGGAGGAAAACUGUUUAUGAUACAUGGAGGGCGAGUUUCCCUGGUACAGGCGACAGGCCAAGACUUCUCAAACUUGGCAGUGGAAGUGACUUUGCACACUUUCUGUGCUUCCUUGGUAUUCCUGGCAUUGACCUCCGAUACACAUACGAUGAGAUAAAAUACAAAGUGUCUUCGUAUCCUCUCUACCACACGGUGUACGAAACGUUCAGACUCAUGAAGAAAUUCAUUGACUCUGAUUUUCAGUACCAUUUAGCCGUGUCACGUAGUUGGGGAGAGAUGGCUCGUAAUCUGGCUGACUCACUCAUUCUGCCGCUAAAUUUCCGAGAUUAUGCAACAGAGUUGGAAGGUUAUUUCAACGACUUCAGUAAGGCAUACAAAGAUUUACUGGACAGCCAAAAAAUAAAAUUAGAUGAAUUCAAAUCUGCCAUAAACAAUUUUACCAAAGCAGCAAAUAACUUCCAUAAACGAGUGGAGAAAAUGGAUCGAACAAAUCCAUUUGACGUUCGUAAGGUCAAUGACCAGAUGUUACAGGUCGAGCGGGCGUUCAUCAACCCAGAGGGGCUCCCUGGGAGACCUAUUACGAGACAUGUGAUAUUUGCUCCGAGUAAAACCAAUUCCUACGCAGGAGCUAGUUUCCCUGGCCUCGUCGACUCCUUGUUUGAAAUCGAUACGCAUCCUGAACAGUGGAAGGUGUUCAAGAAACAUUUAUCGGUUGUGAUACACCUGGUGCGCUCGGCUGCAUCCAUGCUUAAUGAUGUCGUGGAGUUUUAUGUAUAGAUGACUGUAAAUCGGAAAAUAUUUGCGAAUGUCUUUUGGAAACUUGGGUCAAAGCUUAACUUAUAUCCUCCAGGGUGAUUUUAUAUUGCAAAGUGAUAUUGCUAUGGCUCUAAAUGUAUUCAAGAUUAUGUAUUUAUCUAUGCUUUUUUGGUCAUUUUGAUUUUGUUCCUUAAAGGAUAUGAAUGAACUUAAUUCUAUUGUAGAUGAUGAUUUAGAUGGAUGUGCUGUAAGCUCUGAAGUUCAAAAGGUGUAGGAAUCAACCUUGUUGAUCCACUUAAUUCUACUGUAGAUGAUGAUUUAGAUGGAUGUGCUGUAAGCUCUGAAGUUCAAAAGGUGUAGGAAUCAACCUUGUUGAUCCACUUAAUUCUACUGUAGAUGAUGAUUUAGAUGGAUGUGCUGUAAGCUCUGAAGUUCAAAAGGUGUAGGAAUCAACCUUGUUGAUCCACUUAAUUCAAAUGUAGAUGAUGAUUUAGAUGGAUGUGCUGUAAGCUCUGAAGUUCAAAAGGUGUAGGAAUCAACCUUGUUGAUCCACUUAAUUCUACUGUAGAUGAUGAUUUAGAUGGAUCUGCUGUAAGCUCUGAAGUUCAAAAGGUGUAGGAAUCAACCUUGUUGAUCCACUUAAUUCAACUGUAGAUGAUGAUUUAGAUGGAUGUGCUGUAAGCUCUGAAGUUCAAAGGGUGUCGGAAUCAACCUUGUUGAUCCACUUAAUUCUACUGUAGAUGAUGAUUUAGAUGGAUGUGCUGUAAGCUCUGAAGUUCAAAAGGUGUAGGAAUCAACCUUGUUGAUCCACUUAAUUCAAAUGUAGAUGAUGAUUUAGAUGGAUGUGCUGUAAGCUCUGAAGUUCAAAAGGUGUAGGAAUCAACCUUGUUGAUCCACUUAAUUCUACUGUAGAUGAUGAUUUAGAUGGAUGUGCUGUAAGCUCUGAAGUUCAAAAGGUGUAGGAAUCAACCUUGUUGAUCCACUUAAUUCUACUGUAGAUGAUGAUUUAGAUGGAUCUGCUGUAAGCUCUGAAGUUCAAAAGGUGUAGGAAUCAACCUUGUUGAUCCACUUAAUUCAACUGUAGAUGAUGAUUUAGAUGGAUGUGCUGUAAGCUCUGAAGUUCAAAAGGUGUAGGAAUCAACCUUGUUGAUCCACUUAAUUCUACUGUAGAUGAUGAUUUAGAUGGAUGUGCUGUAAGCUCUGAAGUUCAAAAGGUGUAGGAAUCAACCUUGUUGAUCCACUUAAUUCAACUGUAGAUGAUGAUUUAGAUGGAUGUGCUGUAAGCUCUGAAGUUCAAAGGGUGUCGGAAUCAACCUUGUUGAUCCACUUAAUUCUACUGUAGAUGAUGAUUUAGAUGGAUGUGCUGUAAGCUCUGAAGUUCAAAAGGUGUAGGAAUCAACCUUGUUGAUCCACUUAUUUUCAUGUUGGAAUAGUGGCGAACUAUUUAUAAAUUCAUUUCACUGUUUCCGAAAUCAAAAAGCAUCACUAUAGGGCAUAGAUUUUGUGUUUGUUGUUACCGGUGACUAGUGAUUUACGCCAUAUUAUUGCCAUAUUAGUAUUGAUGGUAUGCUGUUAUGAUAUUGGAUCCUGUUCGAUUUUUUCACUUUCCUCCUUCUUUUACUUUAUAUUGGAUUGCGUUGGGCUAAAUAACAUGUUUGCCUGGGGUUCCUGUGAGUGUUGGCAGUUUCUUCGUGACAAAGAAUCAUUGUAACAUCGUCAGAAUGGCCAUAAGCUUAAUCCAAGGGGCAGUCAGUGAAGUCAGACGAAUAUUUUUAUUACUUGAUGUGGUCAAGACAAACAAAAUGAUAACUCAUUUAGGUCUGAAAUCCCCCAAAAAAGCAAAUAAAGGGAAUUUCCUCAUGGUGCUAGGCCACGAUACACUUAACUCUCAUGAUGAUACAACAGUAUUCUUUGUAUGUUCUGUAUAAAAUGCAUUCUGUUGAAAUUUAAAGGGCAUGCAUUUUUUUGAAUAAAAUUAAUUUCUAUUAGAA